GUGAAGAGCGUGCCUCGCGCAGAGGAGUGACCAAUCAGAGUUCAGCCACGCCGAGACGGGGCGGGGCGGCCUGCGCGCGCAGGGGUCAAAGCGUGCCGGCGCCGGUGGCGGGAAACGUAAGCCUGAGAGAGGGGAGCUCAGUUCCGGGUGACGACAUGGAGUCGAGACGGCGACCAGGUACGGGGCCGGGGCUGCCCGGGGCCAAGCGGCCGCGCGGAGGUGGCGGAGCCUGGGCCGAAGAGGACGAGGCGGCCCCGUCCCAGUUCGAGGAGGAGCUGGCCCUCAUGGAGGAGAUGGAGGCCGAGCGGAGGCUCCAGGAGCAGGAGGAGGAGGCACUGCAGCUGCCCCCAGACGGCGCGCUGGACGGGCAGCUCCCCGCGUCUGCCCGGGAUGCCCGAUGGCUCCGGCCGAGCCCUCCUGCCCUGGACCCCCAGGCCGAACCCCUGGUCUUCCAGCAGCUGGAGAUCGACCACUACGUGGGCCCCCCGCUGUCACCGCCACUCCCAGGGACCCCCCAUCCGGCCCCCGGCCCCGCCCCCGAGUCGGUGCCGGUCCUGCGGGCCUUCGGGGUCACGGACGCCGGAGUCUCCGUGUGCUGCCACGUGCACGGCUUCGCCCCCUACUUCUACGUGCCGGCGCCCCCGGGCUUCGGCCCCGAACACCUGAGCGACCUGCAGCGGGAGCUGAACUCAGCCGUGAGCCGGGAGCAGCGCGGGGGCAAAGAGCUGAGGGGGCCCGCCGUGCUGGCCCUGGAGCUGUGCUCCCGCGAGAGCAUGUACGGCUAUGUGGGUCGGGGUCCCUCCCCCUUCCUGCGGGUGACCCUGGCCCUGCCUCGCCUGGUGGCGCCAGCGCGGCGCCUCCUAGAGAACGGCAUCCGCGUGCCCGGCCUCGGCUCCCCCAGCUUCGCGCCCUACGAGGCCAACGUGGACUUCGAGAUCCGGUUCAUGGUGGACGCGGACAUCGUGGGCUGUAACUGGAUCGAGCUCCCGGCGGGGAAGUACCGGCUGAGGACGGAGGGGAAGGCCACGCUGUGCCAGCUGGAGGCGGACGUGCUGUGGUCGGACGUGGUCAGUCACCCCCCGGAGGGGCCCUGGCAGCGGAUCGCGCCGCUCCGGGUGCUGAGCUUCGACAUCGAGUGUGCCGGGAGGAAAGGCAUCUUCCCGGAGCCCGAGCGCGACCCCGUGAUCCAGAUCUGCUCCGUGGUCUUGCGCUGGGGGGAGCCCGAGCCCUUCCUGCGCCUGGCCCUGACCCUGCGGCCCUGCGCCGCCAUCCUGGGCGCCCAAGUGCGCAGCUACGAGCGCGAGGAGGACCUCCUUCAGGCCUGGGCCAGCUUCGUGCGCGCCCUCGACCCCGACGUCAUCACCGGCUACAACAUCCAGAACUUCGACCUGCCCUACCUCAUCGCCCGGGCGCAGACGCUCAAGGUCUCCGCCUUCCCCUUCCUGGGCCGCAUCUCCGGCCUUCGCUCCAACAUCCGGGACUCGUCCUUCCAGUCCAAGCAGACGGGCCGCAGGGACAGCAAAGUGGUCAGCAUGGCCGGCCGGGUGCAGAUGGACAUGCUGCAGGUCCUGCUGCGAGAGCACAAGCUGCGCUCCUACACCCUCAACGCAGUCAGCUUCCACUUCCUGGGCGAGCAGAAGGAGGACGUGCAGCACAGCAUCAUCACUGACCUGCAGAACGGCAACGACCAGUCCCGCCGCCGCCUGGCCGUUUACUGCCUGAAGGACGCCUUCCUGCCCCUGCGGCUCCUGGAGCGCCUCAUGGUCCUGGUCAACGCCGUGGAGAUGGCCCGAGUCACGGGCGUCCCCCUCGGCUACCUGCUCACCCGGGGCCAGCAGGUCAAGGUGGUGUCGCAGCUGCUGCGGCAGGCGGCGCGCCAGGGCCUGGUGAUGCCGGUGGUGAAGACGGAGGGGGGCGAGGACUACGCGGGCGCCACCGUCAUCGAGCCCCUCAAAGGGUACUACGACGUGCCCAUCGCGACGCUGGACUUCUCCUCGCUGUACCCGUCCAUCAUGAUGGCCCACAACUUGUGCUACACCACGCUGCUGAGGCCGGGGGCUGCCCAGAAGCUGGGCCUGACCGCUGACGAAUUCAUAAAGACCCCGACGGGGAACGAGUUCGUGAAGGCGUCGGUGCGGAAGGGGCUUCUGCCCCAGAUCCUGGAGAACCUGCUCAGCGCCCGGAAGAGGGCCAAGGCUGAGCUGGCCAGAGAGACGGAUCCCCUGCGGCGGCAGGUCCUGGAUGGGCGGCAGCUGGCGCUGAAGGUCAGUGCCAACUCUGUGUACGGGUUCACCGGGGCCCAGGUGGGCAAGCUGCCCUGUGUGGAGAUCUCCCAGAGCGUCACGGGCUUCGGGCGCCAGAUGAUCGAGAAGACCAAGCAGCUGGUGGAGUCCAAGUACACAGUGCAGAGCGGGUACAGCGCUGAUGCCAAGGUGGUGUACGGGGACACGGAUUCUGUCAUGUGCCGCUUCGGAGUCUCCUCGGUGGCCGAGGCCAUGGCCCUGGGCCGAGAGGCGGCCGACUGGGUGUCCGGCCACUUUGUGUCGCCCAUACGGCUGGAGUUUGAGAAGGUCUACUUCCCCUACCUCCUCAUCAGCAAGAAGCGUUAUGCUGGCCUGCUCUUCUCCUCACGCCCGGACACCCACGACAAGAUGGACUGCAAAGGCCUGGAAGCCGUGCGCCGAGACAACUGCCCACUUGUGGCCAACCUGGUCACCUCAUCGCUGCGCCGUCUCCUCAUUGACCGGGACCCCCUGGGAGCCGUGGCCCACGCCCAGGACGUCAUCUCGGACCUCCUGUGCAAUCGCAUCGACAUCUCGCAGCUGGUCAUCACCAAGGAGCUGACCAGGGCCGCGGCCGACUACGCGGGGAAGCAGGCCCAUGUGGAGCUGGCCGAGAGGAUGAGGAAGAGGGACCCAGGCAGCGCCCCCAGCCUGGGGGACCGAGUGCCCUACGUCAUCAUCAGCGCGGCCAAGGGUGUGGCAGCCUACAUGAAGUCAGAGGACCCCCUGUUCGUGCUGGAGCACAACCUGCCCAUCGACACGCAGUACUACCUGGAGCAGCAGCUGGCCAAGCCCCUGCUGAGGAUCUUCGAGCCCAUCCUGGGGGAAGGCCGGGCGGAGGCCGUGCUGCUGCGUGGCGAGCACACCCGCUGUAAGACGGUGCUGACGGCCAAGGUCGGGGGGCUCCUGGCCUUCGCCACCCGCAGGAGCAGCUGCAUCGGCUGCCGGGCCGUCCUGGGCCACCACGGAGCCGUGUGCAAGUUCUGCCUUCCCCGGGAAUCGGAGCUCUACCAGAAGGAGGUGGCGCACCUGAGCGCGCUGGAGGAGCGCUUCUCGCGCCUGUGGACGCAGUGCCAGCGCUGCCAGGGCAGCCUGCACGAGGAUGUGCUGUGCACCAGCCGCGACUGCCCGAUCUUCUACAUGCGGAAGAAGGUGCAGAAGGACCUGGACGACCAGGAGCAGCUGCUGGCGCGCUUCGGGCCCCCCGGGCCGGCCUGCUGGUGACGACGGACGGACGACAACGGCGGGGGGGGGGGGGGAGGGGGGGGAGAAGCGGCAAUAAAGACUCUGGGCUCGGACCCUCGUGUGCUCUGUGUGUCUGGGGGC